UCGUGUAUUCAAAGGAAUUAAGAGCGAGCGAAUAAACGUCCGAAAAUGCGGAAAAAGAUUGUCACACCUUUGAUGGAAUUAAGCGGCACCCAAUCACAUGAGAAGACGGCGGCAGUGGUAUCCAAUCAGAUUAUAGGAGGGCAGAGCUUAUUCUCCACCAAGGAAAGUUGCGCUUUAUGCAGAGCGGCUGCCUUGGGUAGGAUCCCAGCAUCGCGGCGUCGCGGCGUCAGAGGGCUCGUCUCCAGUUGUUUCGCUUUAAGAAUCUGAAAACCCUAAAGACAGAACCUGUCAGCGGUAUACAUUGCUUGUUUGGAGGAAAGCGAUUUCGGACAUAUAUAAAUAUCAGGUGUAAAUUGUGUAAAAAUGAUGUCAUGCACGGAGAUCAUCACUAUGUGUCUUCAGUCCGCCAAGCAUCAGCAUCUGUACUCAGAGCAGCAUCAGCAGCAUCAGCAUCAGCAGCAUCAGGAGCAUCAACAGCAUGUCACCCAAAACAGCCCCGAUCAGGGCAUCUCAAUCUUCCAGGACAUAUUUCGUCGCGCUGACAAAAAUGACGAUGGAAAGCUGUCCUUUGAGGAGUUCAAGACGUACUUUGCAGACGGCAUCCUGACCACAGAGGAGCUGCAGGAGCUCUUCUACUCUAUAGACCGACACCAGUCCAACAACCUGGACACAGAGAAACUGUCAGAUUACUUUUCCCAGCACCUGGGGGAGUACCUGAAUGUUCUGUCAGCUUUGGAGAAGCUUAACAUUGCCAUUCUGAAGGCAAUGGACAAAACAAAAGAGGAGUACCAGAGCUCCUCAGUACUGGGCCAGUUUGUGACGCGUUUCCUGCUGCGUGAGACCUCCAGUCAGCUGAACUCCUUGCAGGUGUCCCUAGAGUGUGCUAUGGAGGCUGUCGAAGAGCAGAGCUGCCCAGGAAGGAAGGAGGCGAAGAAGCCAGAGGAGCUCUCCGUACAGAGGAGCAGUCGAAGGUGCGCUCGACGGAUUCAGAAGAACCUGUGCCUGUCUCCCACGGAUCCCUACUCAGGCAUGCUCACCACAGGCGUCAGUGUGGAGCCAGACAACCAUUGGAGCUCCCAGAUCAACAGGCUCCAGCUGCUCAUCGACAAGCUCGAGUACCAGAGCCCACGUCUGGAGCCGCUGAAAGAGGACACACUAGCCAGCACAUACAAAUCCAACAUCCUGCUGGUCCAGAGGCAGAUGUCGGUGAUGGAGAAGAACCUAGAAGAGUUCCAGCAGGCGCUGCGAAGAUACACGGAGGCCACAAUCAGCCAAAGUGACAGUCUACAUGUCUCCAUCCAGAAGCUGCCAGAGAGAUCCUGCUUCAUAAUGUACGAGUUCUGGCAGGACCGCAUCUCCUGGAUGAGCUACCUGCAGUCCAGCACAAGCAAAACCUUCCAGCGCUGUGUGAUCGACGUGCUGGAAGACCCGGAGGUGGUCUCCACCAUGCUUCUCCCAGCAUCCUGGUGGAUCAUGAAUGGUAACUGACAGCAGGAAGGUCCCGGACACCUGUGGUGGGGAAACCUUGAAAGAAGAGGAACAACAGCUGCCUGUACAUUUUAUUUCAGGCCAUUUAGAAAUAAAUUCAUGUGUGCAGAAGUAUGUAAGACUGCUGAAUAAUGCUCUACUUUGUAUGAAAAUUGUUGUUGCACAUUCACACACGCACAUAUACACAUAUACCCCCUCCACACACACACACACACACACACUGACUCCCUGAUCCUAAUCACACAUCCUGUGCCAUCUGCGAGUUGAUAAAGAAGAAAACAUUAGUCCUGAUAGAUUAGCUCUACUCCAUGAUAGCAGAAACAACAUACAUGGCCGUGGUUCACGAUAACAGACAUUCUCCGUAAAUCUCCAACUGCAUAGCAUGAGUAAAGUUUAUGUAAUUUCUGCUGUGUAAAAUUUUAAGAUGGAAUUAUUUUCUUUCACUUUCUGUUUCAAUGUCUGUCGAACUGAAUCCUGUAAAUUCAAGUGUAGACAAAAAAAAAAAAAAAGUAAUUGCAUGAAACUGAUGGUUUAGGGUUUCUUUCUAAAUAUCAUUGUUUAUUAAUCUGUGAAGCGACAAGAAAUCAGUUCACCCAAAAUCUCAGCCUAAAGCGAUGUUGACAACUUCCAGGUGAGUCCAUAUCUUUGAUAGGUAUAUUUUGAGGUCGGUAGCUGGCUGAAGAGAUGUUUGCUAAAUGCCAGCUGGGCCUUUUAAAUGUUUCGUUUAAGUAUUAGUCGAUUAACAGCACUUGUUAUCUCACCGAUUGACUUGUCACACUUUGAUAACAUGAGUACAGCUAAGAAAUAGAUAAAUGGACUUUAAGUGACCGUGUGUUAAAAUAAUUUAGGUUUAGGUUUAAAUGCAAAAUUUCUUAUGUCUAGUAUGUUGAUAGUGUUGUACUGAUGAGCUGUGUGUGACAGUGAAGUGUAACAAAGGGCAGGUAGACCCUCGGUAGUGCUUAGCUUCACAAGAGGCUAUGAACAAGCCCAUACCCAGCUGGGAAACACCCAGAUGGCAUCCCUCCCCUAGAUGGGGGGAAAUCCCUCUCAUGGCAGGCCUCCUCACUGCCUUCUGCCACAACCCUGGAUGCUUGUGUGAAAUAAUAGAUGACAGCCUGCUGGGAUGCCCCCAUGCAACACACAGCUUCCCCUGUCUGUAGAGGUAGUGACUCUAUGGUGCACUGGGUAGGUGUGCGAGAUAGAAGCAAAAAUGAUAGUCUUGUUGGUCAAGAAAACGUUUGACUGAUGAUGCAUGCCGAUUCACUCUUUUACCAAGCCUUUAUUUUCGGCUGCUGAAUGUGGCACCCGGGUCUCUCUCGCAAGAAGGACGAUGAAGGGAUGAUAUGGGCAGCUGACAGAACCAGUACCACAGCUUUGUCCACUAGGAUGUGCUGUUCCAUUCCUGGAGAACGCUUCCACGUGCGCUGAAGCACAUCAAGGAAAAGAGAGCGACUCGUGUUGGGGCUGGGGGUGGAAACGCUCGACGCGUGUACACAGGGCAGUGUGUGCUGGAACAGAGGUGGAGUCACCAAGAUCUCGGUGUCAUCAAAAUCCUGAAAAACAGCAAGGGAAGAGGUUUGUGAGUACGGCCAAGUUGAGCCUUCCGUUGAUGCGUUGCCCCCUCUCCACGCUAGUCUCUCUUUGUCGCCAGCUUGUUGAGACGGUAAACACGGUCUGUCAGAAAGGAUCACUGUGCCGCCGGGCGCUGUGGGACGUAAGCGCACAUUUGCGUAACUAAUGUGAUCUUCUCAGUUCUGACAAAAGCUGAUAUGUUUCCUACAGUUGGCUAUUGCAGAGCUUCUCUCCAAGAGGAGCAGCAGAAACCUCAUGAACCCAAUGGGAGAGACUAGAUUUUCCGAGAAGGUAAAUUCAUGGUAAAUCGUAGAGUACGUGCAGAAUGCGGUAUAUCGCAGUACAAUGAUUAAGGACAGCGAGCAAAAGGUUGCCAGUUCAAGUCCGGUAGUGCGGUUUAAGUACCUAAGCUGAACUGCUCGGGUAGGAUAUAGAGUGGACGAACAGGAUGACUGAUUUAGAAAAAAUAUCAUCCUAAGCAGCAGGUCAUUCUGAAGGUUUUUUCUGACUAGGAAUUGCUUUUAUGCUCAAUUACAGUUGAAAACAAAGCCUGCAACUCCAUUCUGGACCAGCCCAGUGUCCCAGCUGUUAUACACCUGUCUUUUAAUAGGAAUUACUGUUUUUUUUUUUUUAAUUAUUAUUUUAACGAUUUAUGGAUGCAGUGUUUGACCUCAAAAUAAAGAUUAUCAUUUCACAGUG